ACCUCCUGCGGGAGCUCUCAGCUUUUUAAAUUCCCACAUUGUAUUCAUUUUAUCCUCGUUUCUCUCCUUUUUUAUCAUCCCUUGGCAUUUCAGUCCACACGUUUUUCUUUUGUUUCUCAUUUGUCAGCCAUGGAAGAACUAAUCAUCUCUCCAUCUUCAUCUUCAUCACUAGUUUCAUUUUCCCAGGAAACUCCACCUUCAACCCUACAGCAAAGGCUUCAAUUCAUAGUCCAAAGCCAUCAAGAAUGGUGCACAUAUGCCAUAUUUUGGCAGACAUCAAACGACGACCACGGUCGUUUGUUCUUGGCUUGGGAAGAUGGACAUUUUCAAGGAACCAAAGACACGUCUCCCAAAUCAACACCGAACAACAACAACAACAACGACAUGUACAGCUUUCAAGGCUUACAUAACGAGCGAAGGAAUGUUUUGAAACGACUUCAAGCACUCAUCGGAGACAACCAUGAUAUAAGUGGUUCGUUGGUCGACGGCACUGAUAUUACUGAUGCUGAAUGGUUCUAUGUGAUGUCAUUGACUCGAUCUUUCUCUCUCGGUGAUGGGGUUUUAGGCAAGGUUCUUAGUACUGGCUCUUUGGUUUGGUUAACUGGUGCUCAUGAGUUGCAGUUUAAUGGUUGUGAAAGAGCUCGAGAAGCUCAAUUGCAUGGUAUCAGAACACUGGUUUGUAUACCAACAAAUCGUGGUGUUCUUGAACUUGGAUCUUCGGAUAUGAUUAAGGAAAACUGCGAAUUUGUUCAACAAGUGAAAUCCUUGUUCGGUUUCGAUCCAAACCUAACCUCGGGUUCAACCCAGUUCCUUGAAAGGACUAUCUCCUUUCCAGAUAUCGGCUUACUAGCCGGCAUUGAAGAAGAAAAUGGCGGCCCUGAUAAUAAAACCAUACGAGAUUUAAAGCCAGGGCAGCAAUCUUCUUAUGUGGACUCAGAGAAUUCAGAUUUCGAUUGUCCAUUACUUGCCGUGAAUAACACCGAGAAUAUCAGAACCCCAAAGAAACGUGGAAGGAAACCUUGUCUCCGACGAGAUACACCAGUGAACCACGUGGAAGCCGAGAGGCAACGCCGUGAGAAGCUAAACCAUAGGUUCUACGCUCUCCGAGCUGCAGUCCCUAACGUGUCGCGCAUGGACAAAGCGUCGCUGUUAUCCGAUGCCGUCACGUACAUCACCGAGCUAAAGUCAAAAAUCAAAGACUUGGAAUCACAGCUUCGGAAAGUGUGUAACGAGAAAGUGAAAGUGGAAACUAUUGACGCCAUGGAUAACCAAAGCACAACCACGUCCGAGGAACAAGCAGCAGCCAGGCCUAGCAAUUCAUCAUCGGCUGCAACUGGUAGGUUUAGUGACCUGCAACUCGAUGUCAAGGUUAAGGGAAACGAUGAUGCGAUCAUCAGGGUUCAAUCAGAGAAUGUGAACUAUCCUAGUGCUAGGUUAAUGUCAGCACUUCGUGACUUAGAGUUUCAAGUCCACCAUGCAAGCAUGUCGUGUGUUAAUGAGCUUAUGCUCCAAGACAUUGUUGCAAAGAUCCCUUAUGGAUUGACAAGUGAAGAAGCUAUUAAAUCUGCUCUUCUCUGGAGGCUACAUCAGUGAUAUUAUUAUUUAGUGUGUAAUAUCUGUUUUAAUUUUUUUUAUUUGUUUUAAUUUCUGCUUCAAGUGAUUUCCCAUUGAGCUUUAAUUUCAAGUAAUUAAGUGAGCAACCUUUUUUUUUCCCCGGUUUA